UACAGUAUAACCGAGGACUCACACAGAUAGUCGGUUGUGCCGGAGGGAGGUCAUUCCGGUCUGUGUCCACCCACAGCACGGGGAAGGGGGCGAUCUCGUUUGUGACAUUGGCUGAAGGGGACCCGGGAACGGAGCUGGGUCGCCAAGGGGUUAGUGACAGGCAUCGCUGUCCAUGCUCUUUUAAAACUCAAGCAGUUGGACCCGCGGACACCAGUUGUAUACCCCUGUCUGGAUGAUCUCUCCCUUUUCCUAAGUGAGUGUCGUCUUUCCUCACAACUUAACGGGUUUCGCUGAACGGAGACACUGACUCAUGGACCAGCUGACAGCGCGAGGACGAGGCGCGCGGCGCUGCUAGCAGCGUGCGUACAGAUGUGGAUCAAAUAAAGGGCUAUACGAAGGGAAGAGAAAAGCAGCGAGAGGAGCAGGAGGGCUCGAACCGCGGAGGGGGGGGCAUCGGCGAGGCCAUGGCGUCCAGCCUGACGUGCGUGGGCGUGGUGUGGGCGCUGCUCUCCUUCCUGAGCGCGGCCGCCUGCUGCGUGGGCUUCUUCAUGCCCUACUGGCUCCUUGGCUCGCAGAUGGACAAGCCAGUGUCGUUUGGCACGUUCCGCCGCUGCUCAUACCCCGUGCGGGAUGAGGAGCGGCAGGCCACGGUCAUGCUGGAGCAGUGUGGGCGCUACGCCUCAUUCCAGGCCAUCCCCAGCCUGGAGUGGCGGAUCUGCACCGUGGUGACAGGCGUGGGUUGUGGGCUAUUACUGCUGGUGGCGCUUACUGCCCUCAUGGGCUGCUGCGUCUCCGAGCUCAUCUCCCGCGCCGUCGGCCGCGCCGCCGGUGGCAUCCAGUUCGUCAGUGGUCUGCUGAUCGGGUCUGGGUGUGCCCUCUACCCCCUGGGAUGGGACAGUGAGGAGGUCCAGCAGACCUGCAGCAACGCCUCCGACCAGUUCGAGCUCGGCUCCUGUGAGAUCGGCUGGGCCUACUACUGCACGGGUGGUGGAGCCGCCACCGCUAUGCUGCUCUGCACCCUCAUGUCCUGCUUUGCUGGGAAAAAGCAGAAGCAGUACCCCUACUAAGGGAGCCCAAAACGGGAACAGUCACGGAGACCGCUAAAGGCAGACCGCUGGAGAGCCAAUCGGACUCCAUUUCCCAGCAUGCCUCACCAAGGACUUUUUUUUUAUAAGGGAGUUACCUGUCGGGCACACACUGUGUCGCGGUGCAUGUUUCCGUUAGGAACGCGAUGAAUUUGACGACUGUGACCUUGCAGGAACUGAAUACUGUUUUGACUGUGUUACAGACUGCGCUUUCCUACUCUAAAAGGACCAAUCAUCCUUUUGUAUCUGUCCAGCAAAAUACACAUUGUGUGUUUUUUUUUGUCACUCUUGGCCGCUGUAGAGUAUCAUGUCCCGUAAAUAGUACUUACAUUGUUGUGGAGAGAUGUUUUAAUUUAUUUACUCCUGCUUCUGUCUGUCCUGUAAUCGCCUUAAACACGCCAUCCUGUAUUAGAGGGACAUAAUCAUUUAAAAUACUUUUGGCAGUCCA